AUGUGCUUCCGCUCGUCUUCUGAUGUACAAGAAAAAUAUCCUCCUCCGCGCCGCUCAAAGAAACGGCAAGAUUAUGACAGUUAUAUCCGUGACUUUCAAAAGUCUCAGGAACGUCGUUCAUCAUACACGAAGCGUGACAAAAGUUCCUCCGGUCGAGGCACUACUUAUACCAAUCCCGUCUGCUCCCUUGGUGGAGGUGCUGCCAGCGGAUGUGCGGGUAGCGGCGGCGGUGGCGGGUGCUAA